AUGAAGAGUUUAUAUACAAACCUCUUCCCUCUUUUAGCAGCGGCUAGUUUGGUAGCUGGCCAAACUGCAAAACUUGGUCAAUGGGAUUUCGUUGGUCACUCUGGAGUGUCCACUAUGCAUGGUAUCCUUUCUCCUGGUACAAACAAAGUGUUGUUCAUUGAACGUGUAGAGUUGGCUACCGAAGUUACAAUCAAUGGUAAACCAACCUAUACAGUAGAAUAUGACCUUGACACAAAUACAAUAAGACCUUUGACCACCAUAUCAAACACCUUUUGCUCGGCCGGAGGUUAUUUAAUGAACGGAACUGUGAUGAAUUUAGGUGGUGCUGAAUCUGCUCAAGAAGUUAAUCAGGGGUUUAACAAAAUUCGAACUUUCGAACCAUGUAACGACGGAAAAUGUGAUUGGAUGGCAAAUAAUAUUGACCUUUCAGUACUUCGUUGGUAUCCAUCCGUUGAACAACUGGCUGAUGGUACUUUGUUUAUUCUUGGUGGUGCUAAUAAAGGUGUAGCUGUUAAUGAUCCUUACACGAAUGUGCCUAGCUACGAACUUUUUCCACCAAGAGGAAAAGGUGGUUCGUACCCCAUUGAUUUUUUGACGGAAACUUUGCCAUAUAAUUUAUAUCCUAGUGUUCAUCUUCUUCCUGACUCAAACCUUUUCAUUAUGGCAAAUACAAAAUCAAUUAUUUUUGACACAAAAACCUUCACAAAGAAAACUGAUUUACCGGAAAUCCCAGGACCUCCAAGACAUUAUCCUUUAACUGGAGGGUCUAUUAUCUUGCCAUUAGAUCCUGCAAAUAAUUAUGAACCGGAAAUUCUUGUUUGUGGUGGGGCUGAUCAACUUACAGCAAAUGCUAAGGGGGAAAAUACUUGUGGGCGUAUUAGACCAUUAUCUAAAAAUCCAACUUGGGAUAUGGAAGAAAUGCCAUUUGGUCGUUUAAUGCCUGAUAUUGCUUUGUUAUCUAACGGUGAUGUCAUGAUUCUUAAUGGAUGUUUAAAGGGUACCGCUGGUUUCGGUAAAGGCACAGAUCCUGUACUUACCCCAAUUAUGUAUAAUCCAUCUGCAAAGAAAGGUGCUCGCAUGACUCAAUUACAACCUUCUUAUAUUCCACGAAUGUACCAUUCUAUCGCUUUCACUGUUCCUUCAGGUCAAUUGUUAGUUUCUGGAUCGAAUCCAAAUAAGAAUCCAACAGGAGAAGGUCCCUAUCCAACUGAUUUUCGUGUUGAACUUUUCACGGCACCCUUCCAUUUCACAGGUCAACCACAACCAUGGAUUAAACAAGCCCCCGCCGAGAUAAAAUAUGGUCAAACUUUUGAAAUUGAACUUGUAACCUAUUCCGAAGAACCUAAAGUUUUUGUCAAUAUUUUGAAUUCCGGAUUCGUUACACAUUCAACUCAUAUGUCCCAACGUCAAAUCUGGUUAGAAUCUGAACUUAAGGCUGAUAAAUUAUCUUUGAAAGCUCCACCAAAUGGUGGCGUUGCUCCACCUGGUCCUUAUUUAAUGUUCGUUGUAGAUAAUGGUGUUCCUUCAAAGGCUGUUUGGAUUAUGCUUGGUGGUAAAUAA